AUGAUUCGUGUUGGAUGGCGCCGAAGUGCCAUCAAUCUCAACCGGCAGAGCGUACGGUGGCUCCCCAAGGUCCGCAAGGACUUUGCCGGCGACGGGCUGUUUGUUAAGCGCCACUCGGGACCGAAACCGGGCCUGGCGCUGACAAUCAAGGCCACGCCGAAACCAGCCCUGUUUGCUGCCAAACCUGCUUCCACCAUCAACACUGCUAAGGUGGCAACCCCAGAAACCGAGUUGACACCACCUAAGGCGGAGGAGGAAUUGCCACCGCCCAAAUUGGAAGAUGAACUUCCUCCUCCCAAAUUGGAAGAUGAACUUCCUUCUCCCAAAUUGGAAGACGAAUUACCUGCUCCCAAAGCGCAAGACUUUUUACCUCCUGCUACUGGAAAAGCAAGCCCUACAGCUGCCACCCAAUCAGCUAAGGCUCCUCCCUCUACGCCGCCACCACCUCCUCCUAACUCAGGCCAUGGUUCUGGAGGUAAAGGUUCAAGUGGUAAACGCCACCCAUACCUCAAAUGGGGUCUUAUCAUCGGUGGUACGGGUGUGGUGCUCUUCCUUACUAGUGACUUAGCCCGCCACAUCUUCAUUUGCUACGAACGGUGUGCGGUCGUCGCUGUAGCUGUGGCCCGUAACUUCAAGCUCUACAAAGACUGUCUUGGUGCUGAAUACCCUAAUGAGGAAGCUUACCGGGAAGCGUUGUCCAAGACUCACAAGAAAGCUGCUGAAAUCACUUAUAAGGCCAUUGAACGGAACGGUGGGAUCUAUAUUAAAUUGGGUCAACAUAUCAGUGCUCUCACCUACUUGUUGCCUCCGGAAUGGUGUGAAACGAUGAUCCCCUUGCAAGACCGGUGCCCGAGAUCGCUGAUGGAAGAAAUUGAAAACAUGUUCAAGCACGACAUGGGAGUGCUGAUCAACGAUAUGUUCAGUGAGUUUGACCCUAACCCCGUGGGGGUGGCGCUGUUGGCUCAAGUGCAUGUGGCCCGCCUCCGUCUGACUGGAGAGAUGGUGGCGGUGAAGGUGCAACACCCGCUGCUUUCGGAGUUCGUGCCGUUGGAUGUUUACGUCACCAAUAUUGUGUUCAGGGCCAUGGAACGGUUCUUCCCUGAAUACCCGCUUUUGUGGUUGGGCGAUGAAAUGCAGCAGCUGAUCUACAAUGAACUCGACUUUACCAAGGAAGCUUUGAAUGCUGAAAACACCGCGGAAGACUUUAAGGGUCGUGCUCGGAUUACCGCCUUGAGAAUCCCUAAGAUCGUUCUGGCAGAAAAGCGGAUCUUGGUGAUGGAAUACGUUGCGGGUGCUCGUCUUGACGACUACGCUUACCUCCAACAACACAAUAUCGAUCCGGCUCAGGUAUCGCUGUGUUUGCUGCACAUUUUCAACACGAUGAUUUUUGUCCCUGGCAUUGGUCUUCACUGUGAUCCUCACGGGGGUAACUUGUCGAUCAGACACGUGCCUGCGAAGGAAAGCACCACUGGUUUCAACUUCGAAAUCGUGCUUUACGAUCAUGGGCUCUACCGGACGUUGCCACUUGUGAUGAAGCGGGAAUACUCGCACUUCUGGCUUGCUGUGCUUGAUAACGAUAUCCCCGCUAUGCGCUAUUGGGCUGAGGAGUUUGCCGGCAUCACUGAAGACAUCAAGUUCCAGAUCUUUGCUGCUGCCAUCACUGGGAGAGCUCCCGAAGUUGCCCUCAACUUCGACAUGUCGAAACUGCGCCUGGAAGACGAGAUUUCCCACAUUCAGCUGCGAUUGAACCAAGAAGAAGGCAUCUUAGAAGGGUUGAUGGAGAUUUUGAGCACGAUGCCUAGACUUGUGCUUUUGAUCUUGAAGACUAACGAUUUGACUCGUCACUUGGAUGAAGGGUUACGCAAUCCUUUGGGGCCGGUGCGGACGUUCUUGAUUUUGGCGAAGUACUGUGCCAGGACUGUAUACGACGAGGCCAUGGACGGGCUCCGGGACCAGUACAGUCUGUGGCUGGUGGUGGGUAACUUGAAGCGGUUAGGCACGUGGUGGGCGUACCAGACCCGGUGCUCGCAGUUGUACAUCUACGACCUUCUCUUAUGGGUGAAAAAUGCGUUUAAGGGAACCCACUAG